GCCGCGGAGGCCGAGGCCGGGGCCCGCGGCGGGUGGGAGCGCGGCGCGCGGAGGGGCCGGGGGCGAGGUCCGCCGCGGCUUCGAGCCUCCGCCGCCCUCGCGAGCGCCGUCCCCGCGGCGGCGGGUGGGGGCGGGGAGAGGCGCGGCGAGGAGAGAGAGAGGUCAGCGAGUCGCAGGGCGGGCCGCGCGCCGCGCCGCCGUCAUGUCCGAGGACGCGAGCGCCCUGCCCUGGUCCAUCAACAGGGACGACUACGAGCUGCAGGAGGUGAUCGGGAGCGGAGCAACGGCUGUGGUCCAGGCAGCGUACUGUACCCCUAAAAAGGAGAAGGUGGCGAUCAAACGCAUAAACCUUGAGAAAUGUCAAACUAGCAUGGAUGAGCUCCUGAAAGAAAUUCAAGCCAUGAGUCAGUGCCAUCACCCUAAUAUUGUGUCUUACUACACGUCCUUCGUGGUAAAGGACGAGCUGUGGCUCGUCAUGAAGCUGCUAAGUGGAGGUUCUGUUCUAGAUAUUAUUAAGCACAUCGUGGCCAAGGGGGAGCACAAGAGUGGGGUCCUGGAUGAGGCCGCCAUUGCCACAAUUCUCAGAGAAGUGCUGGAAGGCUUGGAGUACCUGCACAAGAACGGGCAGAUUCACAGAGACGUGAAAGCUGGAAACAUUCUUCUUGGAGAAGAUGGCUCGGUCCAGAUUGCAGACUUUGGGGUUAGUGCUUUUUUAGCAACUGGUGGUGAUAUUACCCGAAAUAAAGUGAGAAAGACGUUUGUUGGAACUCCUUGCUGGAUGGCACCUGAAGUUAUGGAACAGGUCCGAGGCUAUGAUUUCAAGGCGGACAUCUGGAGUUUUGGGAUCACAGCAAUUGAACUGGCCACAGGGGCAGCCCCUUAUCAUAAGUAUCCACCAAUGAAGGUUUUAAUGCUGACACUACAAAAUGAUCCUCCUUCUCUGGAAACGGGCGUUCAAGAUAAAGAAAUGCUGAAAAAAUACGGAAAAUCAUUUAGGAAAAUGAUUUCAUUGUGCCUUCAAAAGGAUCCAGAAAAAAGACCAACAGCAGCAGAACUGUUAAGGCACAAAUUUUUCCAAAAAGCAAAGAAUAAAGAAUUUCUUCAAGAAAAAAUACUGCAGAGAGCACCAACUAUUUCUGAAAGAGCUAAAAAGGUUCGGAGAGUGCCGGGGUCCAGUGGCCGCCUUCACAAGACGGAAGAUGGUGGCUGGGAGUGGAGUGAUGAUGAAUUUGAUGAAGAAAGUGAGGAAGGGAAAGCGGCCAUUUCACAACUCAGGUCUCCCCGAGUGAAAGAAUCAUUAUCAAAUUCUGAGCUGUUUCCGACAGUGGACCCCGUGGGUACUUUGCUCCAAGUUCCAGAACAGAUUUCUGCUCACCUACCUCAGCCCGCCGGGCACACGCCCGCACAGCCCGCUCACGUCUCCCCCCCGCCACCUGCAGAGCCACCCAAACCAGCUCAGGGCCCGUCCUCAGGAGCCGGGUCCCAGGAGGCCAGGAUCCCAAUCAGCCUAGUGCUCAGACUAAGGAAUUCAAAAAAAGAACUAAAUGAUAUUCGAUUCGAGUUUACUCCUGGGAGAGAUACAGCGGAGGGCGUCUCGCAGGAGCUCAUUUCUGCCGGCCUGGUGGAUGGAAGGGAUCUGGUCAUAGUGGCAGCGAAUUUGCAGAAAAUUGUGGAAGAGCCUCAGUCAAAUCGAUCUGUCACUUUCAAACUGGCAUCUGGUGUCGAAGGCUCGGAUAUUCCUGAUGACGGUAAACUAAUAGGAUUUGCCCAGCUCAGCAUCAGCUAGAGCACAGCCCCGGAGGCGGCGGCCCGCGGAGAUGCCACACACGCGCCUCUGUUGCUUCUGUUGGCCUCGACCCACUGCUGCCAAAGAGCCCAGCGACAGACCUCCCGGCUCGGGCCUGCCGAGCUCUCUCUUUACGUUCUGCCCGCCGUCACUCCCCUUCGCCCCGCAGCCAGCGGCCAGCAUCCCUGUAAAGAGCUCCGUUCGUCAGCUUCCGCACGGGCCCCAUCUCCCUGCACCCGCGAAGGGGCCCGCGUGCCUCGGGGCGCAGGGGGGCUGUCAGCUCACCUUGCCUUACUCCAGUGGUGGCGCCGGGUGGAGAGCGGCGCUCUGUGUGGGCGCCCCCCUCCGCCUGCCCCCCCCACGCCCCCGCGCCCGGCGUGGGCCUCGGGGUCAGCUCCUCACCAGCGAGGCAGAACCCCCGCGUGGCUGGUAGCUGGAGCCCAGAGUGUUUAGUGUAGUGAUUCUUUGUUUUGUUUUGUUUUGAAGCUGAUGUGAAUUCUAGCAACCUUUGUUAGGAAAAAGCACAGCCUCGGAGGAGGCGGCCUAAACUGUGUUCUUGUUUUGUUCCUGUUUCUGAGCGUUUUGCUGGAGCUGCUCUCAGGCACCCUCUUCGUCACUCCCUGCAGGAAGGGUUGCUAGCCUUAACUGCAGCCGGGGCAAAACCUCUGUAGUCGGACUUCAAGCCAUCAGAUCCUUCAGAGUGGAAGUUUGGACCUACUUCAGCGAAAACAGCAAGGAAUGGCCUAUAAAAGUGAAUUUUCCCAGCAGUGGUUUAGAGCAGGAAAAAUCCUAACUCGUACCAUCGUGGAAGUAUUUUUUUUCGAAGCUUACGAAAUUCAGUUGAAGAAAAACUGCUUGCUCCUCAGUCGUCCCACGAAAAUCUGCCCGGCCUCCAGGCCACGAGGAAAUGAAAGGCGGAGCUUCCUACAGCAAUAAAGGCGCCUCCCCAGGCCAGCGAGGCCUGCCUUCCGCCCCCUCCCGCACUGGCCCUCCCGGGGGGGUCCGCACCUCUGCGCGCUGACCCCGACCGAGGACGGAAAGCGAAACCACAUGUGCCGUGACUUUUAGGAUUUAUGAGUAGACAGUGUUCAUUUGAUUUUCUAUAAAAGUGAUAUAAAUUAUUCUUUAGGUUUCAGAAAGAGCACUCAUAAUGCAAUAGUGAGUAAUCGGUGGGCCAGUUUUCUCUCCUACUACUCACAGCCAGCCUCUGUCUAACCACAAGUAGCCCUCUCCGUUCUUGUACCAGAAGGGGACACUCCAUCUGGCCUUAAGUGACACACAAAGAUGGGCUGUGGCCCCGUGGAAGAGGGGAGAGUCGCCUCUUAGAGAAUCAGCCCGGCCCCUCCAGCGCUGGUGGUCUCUGAAUAACAGGAUUGCUCCACCUGGUUUUCUCUUGGCGCCUCUGGAAACUUCCCCCAGGCCUGAGUCGUCACAGCUUUGGUUUCUGAUUCUGAGCUCGUAGUUCCGGUCGUGGGUUUUCUCCUCUGCCCUGGGUGCAGAGACUACGGGGAAGGGGUGGGUGCUGGGGGAGGAGGGGCGGGUCUGGGUGGCGGCUGGGGGAGAGUAGACACACCGAGUCCGGGGCCCCAGCGGCACCGACAGAGCGUGCUGAGCCUAGACAGGGAGAACACCGAUCCGCUUGCUGGAAAAAUAUUUAGCUUUUCUGUUUUUUGUUUUGUUUUGUUUUGUUUUUUUGAGAGGGAUGGGAAGAGCUUGGGCCGGGAGGUGGGACAAAGGUGACAGCAUCCUCGGGCACACGACUAGUGGCUUACCUUAGAGUCCGUGCUUUGGUCUCAAGCAAGCCAUCACCAUCCACUUACUGAUACGUGCAGGGGGCGGCAGCAUCACUCUAUUCUAGCAUUCUCUCUGGAGAUGGUCUGGAGCCGGGGCGGGGGCUUAGCAGCGCCUCCCCGUCCCCCCCCCCCCCCCCCCCCCCCCCCCCCCCCCCCCCCCCCCCCGCCAUUCCGCUUCUCCAGCCAGCCAUCACCGAGGAGGGACAGUGGGACAGGCACUUCCGUGGAAGCGGGCUGGGGCUUUCUCUCUCUUUUCCGUUCUCCGUUUGCCCUGCUGGGAAUUAGGAGCCAGACACCAAGCCUCAGGAUGCUGCACUCUUCCGCACGACGGACGGCGGACCCCCUUCGCUGACGAAAUACGUGAGCAGAAACUUCCAGGUGGGACAGCAUGUGACACCGAGUGACCUUGCUCCUUUCCAGGAGUGAUGGGUUGGGGUGCACCUCUGUCUCUGGGUCCUCAGGACCCCCUGGGGGUAGGAAUUGAUUCAGCACAAGGUGACGUGCCAAUGCUAUUUGUGAGAUGUUUGGUCUUACUCCAAAUGACUAAUGGAUUUGUUUAGGUUUUUUGCUUAAGUUUUGAACCAAAUCCUAGAGCCAGCUGAUACUAUUUAAUAAUCUGAGGAUAGAAUAAUGGCGUAUCAAUAAACAGAGGUUCCUCCUCAUGACGUAUGCUAGAUUAUGGAAGAUGUAAAAUAUUUGACCUUCCCCCUCCCUUUUUUUGACUUUGUAUUUUGCUGCAUGUUUCCUUCAUUUUUAAUCAAUAAAGAAUAAAUUGUC